AGAGGGAUGGGGGGCAUGGACCACUCCGCACUGAUCCCGCUGCGCUCCAAGAACUUUCGGGAGAGGAGCGACGUGCACUUUGUGGAUGUCAUCAAGGAAGACAGUUUGAUGAAAGACUACUUCUUCAAGCCCCCCAUCAACAAACUCAGCCUUAAUUUCCUGGAGUCCGCCCUGGAGUCAGCCUAUAGGAGCAGCUACCAGGAAGAGGUGGAGACCCACGCUCCAGCGCAGACCUUUGCCAGUCCGACCUUCAGCUCCUUCCUGGACGUGCUGCUGUCCUGCGCCGUGUUCCUGGCGCUCACGCUGGCCUGCUUCCUGUACCCGCUGGUCACCGCCAAGACGCCUCCGGCCACCACGCUCGGCAUGGCCGCCAGCGCCGCCCUGCUGGAGAUCUUCUCCCUGGUGCUGUCCAUCCGCAUGACGUUCUACCUGGACAACGUUCUGAGCUGCACACAGCGGUUCCUGCGCGUGGUGUCGGGCUGGGUUCCGCGGCACAUCAUCGGGGCGCUGCUGGUCUCUCUCCCCGCCAUGUCUGUGUUCUCCCACCUCACCUACUGCCUCCACCUGCCCGUGGAGGUCAUCAUGUUAUUGUGUUGCGCCAUCAUCAUCGCUAUCAUCCAGUACUGCAACUUCUGUCAGCUCAGCUUCUGGAUGCGGUCGGCCCUGGCAACAGCAGCUGGGGUGGCCCUGCUGGCUCUGCUCUACAGCCCCCUCAGCAGGCCAAGUGCUGACAACGGCUAUCUUGAUAUGAGAAACUUCAGCAGCAACGUCAGUGUCUUAGAUUUCCAGCCUUCCCCGACCCCGAUCAGUGACCUGGGCACCCAGACGGGAAUCCUGCAGUCGCUGGUUCCAGAGGCCAUCCUGGCCUUCUUCCUGCUCUUGCUGCUGGUGUGGUUCUUAAACCGGGAGUUUGAGGUGAGCUACCGUCUUCAUUACCACGGCAACGUGGAGGCCGACAAGCACCGCAUCAAGAUCCAGAACAUGCGCAACCAGGCCGACUGGCUGCUGCGCAACAUCAUCCCCAUCCACGUGGCGGAGCAGCUGAAGGUCACCCAGAGUUACUCCAAGAACCACGACAACGUCGGCGUCAUCUUUGGCAGCAUCGUCAACUUCAGCGAGUUCUACGAGGAGAGCUACGAGGGCGGCAAAGAGUGCUACCGCGUGCUAAACGAGCUGAUCGGUGACUUUGACGAGCUCCUGCGUCGGCCGGUGUUCGCCAGCGUCGAGAAGAUCAAGACCAUUGGCGCCACUUACAUGGCUGCGUCAGGACUCAACGGUCUGCCCUCUACCCACGCCACUCCCCACCACCUGAAGGCGCUGUUCGACUUCGCCCUGGAGAUGAUGCACGUGGUGGACGACUUCAACAAGAACAUGCUGGGCUUCAAAUUCAAACUGCGCAUCGGUUUCAACCACGGGCCGCUCACUGCCGGCGUCAUCGGUACCACCAAGCUGCUCUACGACAUCUGGGGCGACACCGUGAACAUCGCCAGCCGCAUGGACACCACGGGCAUGGAGUACCGGAUUCAGGUGAGUGAGGAGAGCCACUGCGUGCUCCGAGGCCUGGGUUACUCCUUCGACUACCGCGGCACAGUCAAUGUCAAGGGCAAAGGGCAGAUGAGGACCUACCUCUUCCCAAAACUGGGCGAUGGAAGUUGUGACAAUGGUGGAGGACCUGGAGGAGGAGGCGGCGGCGGCGGCGGCGGCGGUGGCGGCAGCAGUGGUAGUGGCAGUGGCAUCCUGUCACAUCACCAGUUGCCUGUCACAAAGAUCCACGCAAAGGCUGAAGGAGAUGUAAAGCAGUCCACAGUGGGGGAGACUUCCAGUAAAGUGCCCAGUGUUGGUGGCCCAUCCCACUCCUCCCCUUCCCCUGUGGUGUUGGCCACUCAGGCCUCUGCUCCACUCUGCUGCUCAUCGUCACCAUCAUCAUCAACGUCAUCCUCUGCCAUGCAGGGUGCCCUUGGAGUGCCUCUGGGACCAAUCUUAGGCCCGUCUGAUAUAGCUAGGGAGACAACCAAGGACAACAAAAAUGCGCUUACAGCCCCUAAACUUGCUGGGGGGGAUAUUAGCAGAGACCCAUGUGCUUCUUCAGUGCCUAGUUUCGCCAAUGUUCCCUCACAGCACUCAAUAGAACAACAUUUUCCUUCUUCGUGUCCGAAGGGGCCACAUAGACAAAGGGAUGAAGAGGAGGAUGAGGAUGAGGCAGAUGAACAUACAAAACUCAGAGCUAAGGAGUGCUUAUGACUGGACCUCCAGCUCUUGCCAUGAUUGCUCUUCACCCCAUGCCUCCAAUGGAGUGACUUAAUUUUUCUGACUAAUGGAAGUGUUAGAAUGCAUUGUGGGAAUUGUAGUUUUUCCCCCUCCCACUGCAACAGGCCGCUUGGCCAAAUACAGAUACAACUGCAUUUGUUCCACAGACAUGCCCAUUCCCUCUCUGCUAGACUUGUGUGGCCUUGCAUAGUUUUAUAUCUUGCUUACAUUUUGACAAGUGUCAGAGGCAUAAUAAGGGAAUGUGUGUGUGUGCGUGUGUGUGUGUGUGUGAGAGAGAGAGAGAGAGAGAGAGAGAGAGAUAGAGAAUGACUGCAUGGGUUUAUUGUGGAGCAGUAGAACUGAUGGUAUUUGCUGUGUAGAUCACAGUAAGGCACAACACAGUUGGGAAGGGGAGAAGAAAGUCUUGGGUGCAGGGAGGAGGGAGGCUCAAUUUUUUAAUAGAUGUUGUUAUUGUUGUUGUUGUGUUCCUCUUCUUUUCUUGAGUUGAUCAAGUGCCUUCAGGAUAGAUCAAUCUGCGAACAAUGUCACACAAAAAAGCAAAGAACUGAACAAAGCUUAAUCAGUUGAAUCAACAAUCUUUGCAUGGCUUUUUUUCCUCUUUUUUUUCAAAAACAAAAACUUAGAUGACGGAUAAUGCUGUGGUUGAUACAACUUGUUUUUCCUUCUGAUUUCGUAUUGAUUUUUUUUUCCUUUGCCACAUGAUACAGUAUGUUUUGUUUUUAAUUUUUGAGUAUUUGUCAUUUAGUGACUUUUUAAGAAAUCAAAGAAUGAAAAGUGCCAGUCAAGGACAAAAUGUUAGAAAAAGGGAAUUUAUUUGCUGAAUGAGGGAGUUUACUAGCCAUAAUGUGACACUGCAGCAGAGCUUGAUAUGAAGCAUGCCAUGAAAGGCAUUCAGUCUAGAAAUUACACCUGUUUUUCAUCAAAGAUAUCUCCUGAAAGCGAACCAAUAAAAUAUACAUCUUUAUAUAGCAAUGUGUGAGUAAAGGCUCUAAACGUGAGAGAAGGUGAGACAAUGCUGUAUGCCUUUGAAACAUGUAUAGGUAAUAAUAUGGAGAGCACAGCCAUACUGGUAGACAAACAAGUCGUCAGGGCUUAUACAGAUGCUCCUGUCUGGUUAAUUAGGGUGUGGUGUCUUCUCUUACCUCCCAACAUAGGGCUCAUGGAGACCCCAACCCUCACUAACCAUGAGGCAUGCUGGGAUAUGAGUUACCCACGGUUACACAACUGUGACGCACAUACUCCCUCUCCUUACCUCUCACACUUGACACCUCAAAGCACAAAGGCUCAUUUCAUCAAGGGAAUUGAGAUUGGGAAAGUAAAAUUCAAUUUUCCUUCAAAUAUUGAAUUACAGAUAAGAAAAAUACUUACAAUUGCCAUGUCUCUGUGAGAGUGCUCUUCAGAUAUCUUUGCCAUCAGACCUAACAAUAUUGACUAACAAUUUGACAACCUCAUAUCAUAUUGUUGCAGCAAAACUGAACAUGCCUUGCAACAAGUGUUUGUUAUAUCUUUCUUUGUUGUGAAAUCAAAACUUGUGGAACCACAGACAGUUCAUUUGUAUUUAGCUGAAAUCAAGUGUAAUUCGAACUUCUAUGGAAAAACAGGGUGUGACUAGAAAGAUGAAGGUGAACGUAGAUUUGCUCUGCUUCAGUGGGCAUUAAUGGGAGACACUCAAGGCUGAACUGAUUCAUGGACUGGUGGAAUCAUGGAAUCAAAUGUGUCUCUUAAUACAGUGUAUAUGAAAAAAAAGAAUUUUAUUAAGAUCUAUAAGACUUUAUUAAAGUAUUUGUGAGGGCUGACUUCUGCGAUGCCUGCGUAAGCAACAGUGUUUUCCAAAGGAUUAGGCUGACUCGUCUCAGACGUAGCCCACGUGGACGUGACUGCAUGCAAUAUUUAGCUAUGAUAUCCACAUUUGGGAGGUGAGGAAGGAGAGACGACCCGGCUGUAUUCAUAAACUGAAAUUGCCACUGUUAAGUGAGGAGUAAAACAUGGGGUGCAAUGUUUUUUUGUUUUUUUUUUCAAUGUGUGUCUGAUGGAUUUUUUUUCUGGUGCCUACAAAUGUUGCUGAAUUGUAUUUUAUUUUA